UGAAGCCCCAAACAGGGUUCCUGUCUCUCGCUGAAGAGCUCCUGUUUUACAUUCUGAGCUUCCUUCCCUACCGAGAUAUUCUUCGGUGUACAUCUGUAUGUAGAACCCUUCGCCAGAUGUACUUGUCCUCCUCCGAACUUCAGUACAUCGUUGAAAUAAGUGGACAACGGUUGCUCGUUAUCUCCAACACGGACAAUAGCAUACCUAUUUCCAAGCGUCUGCAACUUUUGAGAGACAAAGCUCAUGCAUGGUUCAAGGUUGACCUCCAUUCCUUCAAAACGGUCCCCAUAACAAGGUCAUGGGGAUCUCGGGAAAACAUUAUUGCUGGCGAGCAUUUUUGCUUGUGGGACAAACUAGAAGAUACGGCCAUGAUCUGUUCAGUACUUCCGAAGCCCUCACAACAGUCAAUUCAGCGAAACUGGCUCCCAGGAACGUUGUGUUCAGUUCCACACUCAUUAAACCUUGAUGUGUUUAUGGACCUAGCACAAAACCUAAUCGCUGUCGCUUAUGUCGUUGAUCACAAGACAGUCUAUAUUAACCUUGGAGCCCUGGAUGGUGAUGGUGUUCACCCUCAGGCUGCUGGAGAGAAAUUGUUUCUGUCGGACGACUCGGAAAACUGCCCUAAAACGAUGUUUGGAAAGCUCAAAGGUUUCGGGAGGUAUAUCGCUUUAUUGCGUCUCUUGGACAAUGAAAAUCGGGCUUCGAUGGACAAGGUAUGGCAGCUGCAGAUUUGGGACUGGAAAUACUCGACAACAUCCAAUAGCAUCAUCAGCGGUGUGGUACCCGGCCCAUCCGACGCCACAAUCGAUUUUUGUUUCCUCGGGAAUAAUCGAUUGCUGGUUAUAACUGAUGACUUGAAUCUCUAUUCAAUUGGGAACAUGUCCCAGACGCCGGAAUUUCUGGCGUGUUUCCUGAUGCCCAUCCCGUUCAUGCUACAAUACCUCCCUCCAAUGGAUGAUAUUGGGCAUAGCUCACAGUCGCAUUUGCAAGCCCAAGGCACAAUAUACACCUCAGACCCCGCACAUCAACUCAUAUGCCUUAUUGCAUAUUCUACUCGAACCAAUUUCGAUUCUAGUAAUCAAGUCUUCAUCAUUUCCACGAGGAUUUUCUUCAACCUUGACGCAAUGGCAGCAGCAGCGCCAAUACUAUGGCAACAUUGGGGCCCUUCGAAUACUCGUCUUUUCCGGUACUCACAUAAUUUCAAAAUUCACAUUAACGGGAAUCGAGUCCUGCAGGUACUCCCUACCGGCACGCGAGAAGAAGAAAACUGGCAGUCCAUAUUACAAUUGAUGGACUUUAGCCCGUUAGCUGUGACAAACAGGCGGGGUCUAGGACGUGUGGUGAAAGAGCCGUCCGGUGCAUAUAUCUGCACCUCUACCGGUGAAUGUGGAGAGAUUUUGGAAACAUCCCUGCCUUACGUCCAGGUCGUAUUAUCGGGCAGAAAGUUCAAUUGUGCCAGUCGAGGGUUGGAGAACAUAUGGAUCGACAAGGAUAGGAUUUAUAUACUCAAAAGAGAUAGGGAACACGCAACGUUCGGUGGCGAUCCGAACUUCCCGUCAAGGUUUAUCGGCAAACUUGAGGUCGUUGACGUCUAGCCUAACUUACAGAGCGGUGUGGUAUCAGCUAGUUGAUGGUCAGCUAGGUACUUAUGGAGCCAUCUUCAUUCGAUCAAGGCCUGAAAAUC